CACAUAAUUGGUUAGUCUACUGCUGACCAUCCACUGCUAUUGGUAGAAGAUUUAUCUUGUAUCAAACUCGAUGGCCAUGAUACUGCUUCAAAAAUCACUCCUGAUUUUUAGCUGACUGGGGACCAAUGCUGCUUGUGGAGAUUCUGAUUGCCGCCUAAACAUAAUAUUAUAUUCUUGUCAAGACAUCACCACCGCGCAGUGUGAGAGAAACGUUUGCACAAGGCAUCGUAUCCUUGUUCCCAUACCUGAAGGAUCCCUACACCGCAAAUGGAUAUGACAAAGGGCAUCUGCGUUUAAUUAGUCUGGUAUGGUAUCUGAGCAAAUGGGUUAUGGUUAUUUCUUUUUUUCUUUUAAAAUUAGUAACCAUGUUCAUAUUCUUAAGGAACAUUAUUAUGACCCUAAUAGUGGAGAAGGGUACCUCUCGUAUAGAAUCAAAACCGUUCAGAGAAAAUUGGCUUAAUCUGAGAAACUCAACUAUACUCUGGAGGGCCAACUGCUGAGAGGGAGUCCAGUCCAUCCACUUUGGUUACCGUGAGGGAAGACCAGUGCAGAGAGGUCAUUUCUCUUAUGAAGCAUUCUUCUGAUGAAGAAACAGUCAAACAGAAGAUGAAAUUGACCUUUGAGUACAGGAAGAAGAUGACCCACGACCCGAGUAAAUGCUCCACCAUCCUAACCGAAUUUCCACGCUUUCUGGAUGUGAAGGGCUUGAUUGAACAGGAUUUUGUGCUGCUGUUUGGAGAGGGAACAUCAGCCAAGUUUUUGGGGAGGUGGCCAACUACAUUCAAGCAAAAUAUCAUCAUGCUAAGCAAGACCCUAAGCAAGGCCACUCAGGGAGCUGAACUUCAGGAGCUGAUCCAGAUGGCAGAAUCUGCAGUUGAUGAGGGAGCUGACACGAAUGCUGACGGCCGCAAAAGACCAGGCAAGAUGUCUCCAUCCCAAGCUGAACAGCAUCUUGUGAUAUUCCAAAAGGCAGGAACCAGUAUCCAGGAGCACCUUGAUGCGAUUGACCAGAGGCGCCAAACAUAUCUUCUUGCAGUCGGGACCAGGAAGAGCAGCAUCCAUGCUUACUUCAUCAUCCUGGACAAGCGAGCCUUGCCGUGCAAGUCAACGAGUUCUCUUGGUGCCUUCAAUGAGCUUUUCAAGACUCACUUUGUUUUUGGUACUGCUUACAAUACAAUGCUGCUCAACAUGUACACCUUCAUACAGACAACUGUGUACAACAUAGACAUUGGGAAGGUUAAGGAGACUCCAAGGGUUGCUGAGCUUAUGAUAUGUUUUGUUUGCCAUGCUAGUCAUGGAAGUACCAACUUGCUCGUGAGGCAUCUCUAGUUGAUGCAUGGAAUUUGCCCUGGUAGAAUUCUUAGACUAAAAUGUGGUCAAGCAGAUUGUUGUCGUGUAUUUGGUAAAUUUUCAGGCUUUAGGAAGCAUUUGAACAGGGCACAUUCCAAAGACUGUCAAAUUGUGUUAAAUGGCUAACUUGGAUGCUAAAACAGCUGUUGAUAAUCAGCCAAGUAAUGCUAAUUUUCCUUAAAAUUCUAGUUGAAACCAUGUUGUACCAAUAUCUAACAAGAACACACUUGAUAUGUGUGCGUCUGCUAUUGCACAACUGCAGGCUGCAAGUGUAGGUCAGACAACUGUAAAUAGUUUUGUAUCUUCCGUGGAAGAAGCAGUUCAAGAGAUACAGAGUCAAGCUAAAACGACCGCACUUACAUGUAUAUCUUCAAAAGACAAAGAAACUGUCCGAAAAAUCCAACAUUCUUUUCAGGAUAUUGAAAAUCCUUUCACAUUGUUGAAUUCAAUAUCAAAACGAAGUGCUUAUUUUAUACAAAAAUGGGGAGCAGUUCAACCAGUUGAGAAUGUCCUUGGUUAGAUUUGACAAUACUGUAGAAGAAACAAAACUACUGGAACCUAUGAUCAAAUAGUCAUAACUGAUACAUUUUCUUACGUUCCAAUUCUCGAGACAUUGCAGUCAAUUUUGAAGAACCCAAAGUGGCAUGUUUAACUCAGGGCACAAUUUUAGUUUACUUUGAUUUGGAAGAUGGACUACAGUGGCUUGUGAAAGUAUUCACCCCCCUUGGCAUAUUUCCUAUUUUGUUGCCUUACAACCU